ACGUGAAAUCAUAUUCUUUCUCCGGCUUAUAGUUUGAGGUUGUAGGUCAGUCAGUCCACAAGAAAGUAUCGUUUGUUUCCCUCCAAUCGAACUCACGGUGUCAAUUCCCUUUCAGCCCCUUGGCGCUCUCAGACUCUUAUCUCUCGCACAUAAUAAUCACUCAGAAAAAAUCUGAAAUUCCCACCUCACCUCCCAUUUCCCGACAACUGUCAAAACCUAGCUUUGUACACUCACAGCGGACUUCCCCCUCACUCUCUUUGUGAAUUAUUCUUCAACCUCAAAUAGCAAAUCUCAAAUCCCAACCCUAAAAUCCACCACUCUGCCAUGGAGGUCAGUCCUCUGCAUAAUCGAUGCAUUUGGUCGUCGCCAGUUCGUUCUUCGUCCUCGCACCGCCCUCUCCUUGUUUCACUUUCAGCUCGGAACAGCAAGAGCCCCGGGCUUGUACCUUCGUUUAGAUCGACUCGCGGAAGAAAUUUGUGCUCGGCUUCGAGCUCCGAGACCUUGAUUGGGUCGCGUAAAGAGGACGGCAAGCACAGUCAGGUUGUCAGCAAGAAAGAAGCGGAGGAAGACUUGAAAUCUUGGAUGCACAAGAAUGGGCUACCUCCUUGCAAAGUCGUGCUCAAAGAAAAGCCUUCGCAUAAUGAGAAACACAGGCCCAUUCAUUACGUAGCUGCCAGUGAAGAUCUUCAGGUUGGCGAUGUUGCAUUUUCCGUGCCGGAUUCCUUGGUCGUAACGCUUAAGAGAGUGUUAGGAAACGAAACAAUUGCGGAAUUAUUAACUACAAACAAAUUAUCGGAAUUGGCAUGCUUGGCAUUGUAUCUGAUGUAUGAGAAGAAACAAGGAAAGAAUUCUUUUUGGUAUCCAUAUAUAAGAGAGCUUGAUCGUCAGCGAGGGAGGGGUCAGUUAGCAGUGGAAUCUCCCCUUUUGUGGUCAGAAGCUGAACUGGCUUAUCUUACAGGCAGCCCCACAAAGGCUGAAGUUCAUGAAAGGGCUGAAGGAAUUAAAAGGGAAUAUAAUGAACUUGACACUGUCUGGUUUAUGGCUGGGUCCCUAUUUCAGCAAUAUCCAUAUGAUAGUCCUACCGAGGCCUUCCCAUUUGAGAUAUUCAAACAAGCUUUUGUUGCAGUUCAGUCAUGCGUAGUACAUUUACAGAAAGUUAGCUUGGCUCAGAGAUUUGCUUUGGUUCCUCUUGGGCCCCCAUUGUUAGCUUACAGAAGCAACUGCAAGGCAAUGUUGACGGCUACUGAUGGUGCUGUUCAACUAGUGGUUGAUCGCCCAUAUAAGGCAGGGGAAUCUAUUUGUGUUUGGUGUGGACCACAGCCUAAUUCAAAACUGCUUAUAAACUAUGGUUUUGUUGAUGAAGAUAAUUCUUAUGACCGUUUGGUGGUUGAGGCAUCUUUGAAUACAGAGGAUCCUCAAUAUCAAGAUAAAAGAAUGGUUGCUCAAAGAAAUGGAAAAUUAUCAGUGCAAGCUUUUCAGGUAAAUGUGGGAAAGGAAAAGGAAACGGUCUUUGAUAUGCUUCCUUAUCUGCGACUGGGCUAUGUUUCAGAUCCUUCAGAGAUGCAGUCUGUAAUCUCUUCUCAAGGCCCAAUUUGUCCGGUGAGUCCUUGUAUGGAACGAGCAGUGUUGGACCAACUUGCUGAUUAUUUUAGAACACGGCUGGCUGGCUAUCCAACUACAUUGAGUGAAGAUGAGUCUUUGUUGGCAGAUGCAAAUUUGAAUCCAAAGAAGCGAGUUGCUACACAGCUUAUUAGGUUAGAAAAGAAAAUGCUCCAUGCAUGUCUGAAGGUGGCAGUUGAUCUGAUAAACCAGUUACCAGAUCACACUGUAUCUCCAUGCCCAGCCCCUUAUGCCCCUUCGUUGAAAUAAAAAGAACUUCUCUGCAAUAGUUGGGGUUUCUUAGUUCAAAUUGGAGAACAUAAUGCGGGUAGAUCCAAGAAAGAAGUGGGCUAUGCAUAAGGCAAGCAAGGAAUCUAGCAGGCAUCAAAGAGGAGAUAAUGGGGCAUUUGUACUCAGAGUAAACUGUGAAUUUCUUUCCACUUGUUUGUCAGCAUACAAUAUGAAUCCCCCAACACUAUACAACAUAUAUUCCCCCCGAUUCAUGUUUUGCUUUCUUCAGAUGAUGUGGCUAUAUUUCAUGGGACAGAGAACUGCUUUCAAGGGGAAAAGAACCGAAAAAAAAAAAAGGAACAGAGAAAAGAAAGAAUUGGUAUGAAGGAUGAUGCCUCUGAUAAUUUUGGUAGCUGAUGUAAUCUGGGUCAUUCUCUGUAAAUGACGUAAAGAUUGACCGACCAGUCUUUAUCCAAUUGUGUUCCCAUGUACAUUACUGGCUUCAUAAUCUCUCGUAAAAAUUAUUGUAUCUUGAUCAAUUGUUUAGAGGUUAUUUCAUCUUACCUUGCUAUAUUACAAUGUUGAUUACGUUUCACACUACUCCAAUCCUACCUCACCACAAUGUUUUCAUUCCAGCGUUAGUAAACAAAUGAGCAUUCCCAUUUUUGUCUAGUAAACACGCCCUAAUAUUGGGCCUGUCCCGGGCCAUGCAGACUGCCGAGUCACCUUCAUUUUCCUCGAUUAAAACCAAACGGAGCGCGUAUUGCAUUUUAGUGUGCUGAACAGUAUUCUCUGCUCUGCUCAUCAAGAUCCGAACCGACCUGCACUACAACGUCGCUCUUUGCUAAUCUCAAUGACUAAAUCCUCUCCGCUACCUACUCCUAGCGUUUCUCGGAGCUCAUCACCGGCGUCGAGAAAGAAAUCAACAGUUGCGUGGAGUCGCCGAUCGAUGAUCUACGAAUCUCAAUCACCGAGACGAGCUCGUCUCGCUUUGCGAAACUCGUUAGGGUUUCCAAUUGUUGGUACCGUAUCGGCCAGAAGAUGAUCGACAGAUCUGACGCAGUUUCGAAGAUGGCGUUCUAGUCGAAUGGGCCAGAAGUUUUAGGAGUUAGAUUGCAAGAGGAUAACUAGGAAUUCGAUUCUCUCCGUCUUCAGGAAGAUGCGGAACUCGUUGAUGGCGAGGUGAUUUGGUUAUUGCAGUGGAGAAAAUCUGUGGGCCGUGGCCUCGAGUUCGUCUGAGGCAUCCAAGUUGUUUGGUGGUUUCAGUGGGACGGUUGCGGAUAGCAAUGGGGAGAGGUUCGCGCGGGAGCUUCAUUUGUGGUUUUGCAAUUGGUGCAGUUGUCGAUCUUCAUAAUGCAGGGAGGACGAUGAAGAAGAAGGUGAGAGACUGAAGACUCCAAAAUUCAUAUGAUGAUGAUAAGAAGGAGAGGAUGAACACAAGGAAAAAAAAAAACAAAAGCAAAAGAGGAAAUUUUGGAGAUGGCAGAACGACGGAAUAGAGGAAAUAUUGAGAAUGUAGGCCCAAAA